CCAUGGUUGCGUUCUGACCCCAGGGAAGCUCAGUGUAAACCAGUUUAACAGUAGGGUUUGGGUGGAAUCUUCUGGCAAUAUGACCAAAAACGUUUACACUGAACACAAAACAUUAGGAACACCUGCCCUUUCCAUGAGUCUGACCAGGUGAACGCUAUGAUCCCUUAAUGAUGUCAUUUGCUAAAUCCACUUCCAUCAGUGUAGAUGAAGGGGAGUCCUUUCAUUUGGUGAUUGGCAUUCAGGUUGUGGCAACGAAAAGGCAUCGUCCAAUAUAAGCUGAUUGGAAUUAGAGAACCAUGGCUCCGUUUCAAAGCUUGAUAUUUAUAAUGAACCUAGCUAUCAUUUUGUGUUCACUUCUAACCAUUCAGCGCUCUAUUGCAUGUGGUAGAGCAGAGUACAGAACAGGUGAUGAAUGCUGUCCUAUGUGUUCACCAGGAAACCGGGUACAUAAACACUGUACAGAAUUUACAAGUACUUCCUGUGUCCCCUGUACCAACUCCACGUUCCUUGAUGAACCCAAUGGUCUUACAGCAUGCAUACUGUGUACAAACUGUGACCCUGGCUUUGGUUUGAAGGUAAGGCAGCCAUGUAGACCUUCAUCAGACACUGUCUGUGGGACACUGGAGGGGUUCUACUGUCUAGACCCAACUAAGGAUGGUUGUAGAGCAGCCCAGAGACACAGCAGCUGUAAACCUGGUCAAUACAUCAACCACACAGGAACAAUAUCUACAGAUACUGUGUGUUCUGACUGUACUGGUGACACCUAUUCAGAUGGAUCAUUUACAUCCUGCCAGCCACACACACAAUGUGAUACCUUGAAGCUUCAGCAAAUUAAACCUGGAACUCAUUGGUAUGACUCUGAAUGUGGACCACAGACCUCCCCUCCCAUAGCAAUAAUAUCUGCUGCUGUGGUGGUGGUGGUGUUACUAGCUGUGAUGGCAGCAGUAGCUAUUAGAAGAAAAAGAAAAUAUCCUGUAUCUGAGAGGAUUUUUCCAGAGACACAAAGCCCUACAGAGGUAUCAGACAGAGGGAACAUCAAUGCUGUUUGUGGGAACAAGAACAGAUUCAAGCCUCCUGGACAUUCAGCAGAACAAUCCAGUCUAAUGUGUGGCUCAUUGGCUUGAAAACUAGACUAGGCAGUAGGGCCCAAUUUCUGUCCACUACAUGGUGAAUGUGAUCUAGACUCUGUUUUUAAAUAAAAGUUGGAGGCUGGCACAUUUGUUUUGAUUAAAGAUUAAAAAGGCCAUGACCUUGAUAGACAGCCUGUCUUCCAAUACUGGGGAUGAAGAUGGACACCUUAGUAGGAGCCAGGUCUGUUCUGUUCUGGGAAAGGUCAGGUGUGUCCAUGAUUUCAAAUGGUCAAUCCAAGUCAGUUGACGGUAAUUGGAAUAAAACACAAAUGCCAUUUUGUAAGAGACUCCACCUGGUCUUUGGAUGCUGGUGCCAGAUACAUUGAGCAAAUGCCCUUGAACUGAGGAAGUCUACAGAUCACAACAUCUCCAUGGACCUUAUGGAACUUGUGAUGUACUGUAGAUUCUGUUGACACAAACUGUGUAAAGGACAUACGGAUGAGAUUUCCUGGCCACUGGUAUGGGGGAAAAAUGGACUCCACUUGUUGAGUUACCAUGGAUUUGUAUAAUCCCACAGAGUAAACAUCAAGAGGCAAUGGUGCAGUGUAGGCUAUGUUCAGUGUGACCCAUUUAUUUUGUAAAACUUUUAUUUAACUAGGCAAGUCAGUUAAUUAAGAACAUAUUCUUAUUUACAAUGACGGCCUACCCCGGACAAUGCUGGGCCAAUUGUGCACCGCCCUAUGGGACUCCCAAUCACGGCCGGAUGUGAUACAGCCUGGAUUAGAACCAGGGACUGUAGUGACUCCUUGCACUGAGAUGCAUUGCCUUAGACCUGCGCCACUGGGGAGCUCUGUAGCAAAGCAAUGGGACAAAUGUUUUGUUUACAGUUCUGUUCUUACGACCCUCCUAAAAUAUAUAUUUUAUUGUCACACUGGGAUACGUGCUGUGAAAUGUGUUGUUUUACAGGGUCAGCCAUAGUAGUACUCUGCCCCUGGAGCAAAUGAGGGUUAAGUGCCUUGCUCAAGGACACAGACAGAUUUUCCACCUGGAUUGUGAGUUAUUUGUAUUGUAUCUUUGCUUUUUAUGUGUAUUCUGUAGGUAUUGUAUUAUACG